AUGAAUCUUCUCUUAUUUACAGACAUAACACCAACUCUGACUGUGCAGCCACAGACGCCUGUGUUUAUUGGAGACUCAGUUACUCUGAUCUGUGAGGUUCAUCAGUCCACUGGAUGGGAGUUUAUCUUCAAAAACCCUUCAAACACUGAAUCCACUGAAACUACAGGAACUAAAAAAAUCAGAUCUGUGCAAGUCUCUGAUGGAGGAAAGUACAAGUGCAGAGCCAGAAGAAAAGAAAACCCUCAGGUUUACACAGAAGACAGUGAACCAAUAACAGUGACAGUACAGGAUAUAACACCAACUCUGACUGUGCAGCCACAGACGUCUGUGUUCAUUGGAGACACAGUUACUCUGACCUGUGAGGUUCAUCAGUCCACGGGAUGGCAGUUUUUCUUUACCAAAUCAUCAAACAUUGAAUACUAUGAAACUACAGGAACUACAACAAUCAGAUCUGUAAAAGUCUCUGAUGGAGGAGAGUACAAGUGCAGAGCUGGAAGAGGAAACCCUCAGGUUUACACAAAAUACAGUGAACCAAUAACAGUGACAGUACAGGAAAGACCAACACCUCAAGUGUCUGUUUUGCCUGCUGAUCAUUUAUUCAGAGGAGAAACUCUCAAUCUCAGAUGUGUCAUCAAUGGAGGAGGAGUCAGCAGCUGGCAGUACAGCUGGUAUAAAAAUGAUUCAAUCAUCCAGCAGAAUAAACUCCAGUAUUACACAAUCAGAUCUGUUACUGAGUCUGACGCAGGUAAAUACACCUGUAGAGGGAAUGAGACCAGAGGAUCAAGAUACUCAAACACAAGUAAUGCAGUUACACUGACAGUAUCAGAUAAACCACAGACAGUUUUAAGUGUUUCUCCACAGCAGUGGUUGACUGAAGGAGAUUCAGUGACUCUGAUGUGUGAGGUUAGAAGUUCAUCUACAGGCUGGACAUUCAGCGUGUUCACUGUACAGAAACAUUCCUCAGUGAAUAAAUAUGAUUAUGAGCUGGUGUCAAACAGCAGUGGAGGAUUUAAAGGCAUCUACACAGUGAGUUCAGUGACUGUGAAGCACACAGGAGUUUAUAUGUGCAGAGCAGAGAGAGGAGAUCCAGUCUAUCACACAGAGUACAGUAACACACAAACACUGUGGAUCACUGGUGUUUCUCCUUCAGUCUCUCUGAUCAUCAGACCCAACAGAUCUCAACAAUUCUCAUCUGAAUCUCUCUCUCUGAGCUGUGAGGAUCACAGUAACUCUACUGGUUGGACAGUGAGAAGAUACACAGACAAACUGAAAUCUUGUUCAUCAUCAGACAUGAGAUCUACAGGAACAACAUCUACAUGUACAAUCAGAUCUCUCAGCACAUCUGAUACUGGAGUGUACUGGUGUCAGUCUGAAUCUGGAGAGAAACUUCAUCCUGUUAAUAUCUCAGUACACAAUGUUGAUGUGAUUCUGGACAGUCCUGUUCAUCCUGUGACUGAAGGAGAUCCUCUGACUCUACGCUGUUUAUAUCGAGAUAAAAACCCCUCUAACCUCACAGCUGAAUUUUAUAAAGAUGAAUCAGUGGUGCAGAAUCAGACUACAGGAGACAUGAUGAUCAUCCCUACAGUCUCAAAGUCACAUGAGGGUUUCUACUACUGUAAACACCCAGAGAGAGGAGAGUCUCCAAAGAGCUGGAUCUCAGUCAGAGUUUCAGGUUUUUAUCAGGAGAUGUUUGGCCUCAAGAGUUUUACUUUUCCGUUGGCAGUUUGUCCAUAUCUGAUAGCGACAGUCGUGCUGGUUGUCAAAUGCUACAGACUGAGAGGUGAAUCAUCUGUCUGAUUUAUUGGGUCAUUAUAUUCGAUUAUUAUACUGAAUUAAACAAAUUAGUUCAUAUUGUCAUUAUCACUGGAUGUAGCUGGAUUAUAUCUGUAUAAAAUAACAUUGAUGUCUUUAUGAUUGAUGAGUUGUGUUUAAUUUGUUGUGGCCUCAAUAAUUUGUAUCAUAGUGAUGCUCAUCUCCGUCUGUACAGAUCCUUUGAUUUGGAUUUUUCUAAUGUUUGUUCUUCAUCUACUUAAACAUCUUUGUUCAUUUUGCUUAUUAUUGUCACCCUUAGCUUGCUCACUGAGGGAUGUGUCAGACACUUUUCUUCAUAGUGAGUUUGAAAUAUAUGAAUUAGAUUGAAAAGUGCUAUGCAAAAUAAAUUGA